AUGCCGGUCCCUCCACCACCACCUCCCCCAGCCCCUCCCCUGCCUCCCCCACCCCCCAGCAGUGCUCUGCCACAGUGUCCUGAGCCCCCCAAGCCCCCACCCCUCACGGGAGGAGGGGGAGGAGGGGGGAGGAACGCCCUGUUAGCCGACAUCCAGAGAGGGGCCCGUCUGAAGAAGGUCACCCAGAGCAACGACCGCAGUGCUCCGACCCUGGACAAUUCUAAAUCCAGUGCUGGAGAUGGGUCAGCAGCUCCUUCAGGUGGGACAGCCCCCAUGGUCCCCUCUCUGGGAGGGCUGUUUGCUGGGGGCUUCCCCACCCUCCGGCCAAUCGGACAGAGGGACCUGAACGGCAAAAACCCAGUGCUCCGCUCCAGCUCCACUGCCUCCCUGAAGCCUCUGUGGAACGCCCCGCCCUCUUCCUCCUGUGACCUGAGCUCUGCCCCUGACCUGCUCUCCAGAGUCAGCCCCUCUUCCCACCGCCCCCUAAUCCCCUCGGCCUCCGCCCCUCCCUCCCCCUCACACGGCUGCCACGCCCACCACCGUCCGCCUGUGCAGAACCCACCCCCUCCCCCGCUCAUGGCACUCCCGGCUCCUCCCCCACCCACAACACUCUCGGCCCCACCUCCUCCCCCGCUCUCAGCUCCUCCCCUGCUCUCAGCUCCUCCCCCACUAGCUUCAUACUCUGCCCCUCCUCCCCCACCGCCACCACUUAUCCCGCUCUCAGCUCUGCCCCCUCCUCCCCCGCUCUCACCGCCUCCUCCCCCGCUCUCACCCCCUCCUCCUCCUCCGCUGGCCUUCCAAGACCGGCCCACGCACCGGCCGCCCCCUCCGCCGUCCCUGGCCCCGCCCCUCACCAGGCCCAGCUGGCUCCCUUUGCAGAGCUCCGUACCACCUCCUCCUCCCCCUCCUCCCCCUGUCCUGCCUCCUCCCCCUCCGCCUCCCACAGUGCCCCCUGUGCCCUCCCCUGCAGCCCGCUACUCCCUCCCCCCGUCUUACCCCUGCCACGCCCCGACCAGGAGGCCCCCCGCUGUUCCCCGUGGCCCAGGUCGUCUGGCCCCGCCCCCAGCCCCUCCCACUCGCUCUCCCAGCACAGAACUGACCAAUCGCAUACCGCCGCCACCGCCCCCUCCCCCUCUGCUCCUGUCCAGCCUGAGGAACGGUCUCUUGCACAGUCUGGAUGAUUUUGAGUCAAAGUUUCAGUUCCAUCCAAUAGAAGACCUCCCCCCUCCAGAGGACUUCAGGCCUGUCCCUCGGGUCUACCCCAGCAAAGAAAACAGAGGUCCUCCAAAGCCACCUGCCAUCCGGACACACCUCCGCUGA